UCAGGAAAAUUAACAAUAAUGGGGUUUUCUGCCAUUUUUUCAGCUUUAUGCUUAGCUAGUCUUGUAUUAGCCAGCUCCCUUUCUUCUGCUUAUGAGGUGACUUACGAUGAUAGAGCCAUGAAGAUCGAUGGCCGGAGAAAAUUAUUGAUUUCUGGUUCCAUCCAUUAUCCUCGCAGCACUCCUGGGAUGUGGCCAUCUCUUAUUCAAAAAUCCAAAGAAGGAGGUCUUAAUACCAUUGAAACUUAUGUUUUUUGGAAUGCUCAUGAACCUCAACCUCGUCAGUAUGAUUUUGCUGAAAAUCUUGACCUGGUUAGAUUUAUCAAGACCAUUCAUGAUGAAGGACUUUAUGCUAUUCUUAGGAUUGGACCAUACGUCUGUGCAGAAUGGAAUUAUGGAGGGUUUCCAAUUUGGCUCCAAAGUUUGCCAGGCAUUAAGUUGAGAACUAAUAAUGAAGUGUUCAAGAAUGAGAUGCAAAUCUUUACAACAUAUAUAGUGGACAUGAUGAAACGUGAGGGUCUUUUUGCAUCACAAGGAGGACCUAUAAUCCUUGCUCAGAUUGAAAAUGAAUAUGGAAAUGUCGAAUGGGCUUAUGGAGAUGAUGGAAAGGAGUAUGUGAAAUGGUGUGCUAAAAUUGCUGAAGACUACAAAAUUGGUAUCCCAUGGCUCAUGUGCCAACAAGAUGAUGCCCCAUCACCAAUGCUUAGUGCUUGCAAUGGUUGGUAUUGUGACCAAUGGUACCCUAAGAACACCAAUAUUCCCAAGAUUUGGACUGAGAAUUGGAGUGGCUGGUUUAUGGAUUGGGGAAAUAGAGUUCCACAGAGAACUGCUGAGGAUCUUGCAUUUGCUGUUGCUCGUUUCUUCCAACGAGGUGGUACUGUGCAGAAUUACUACAUGUACCAUGGUGGUACCAACUUUGGCAGAUCAGCUGGAGGUCCAUAUAUCACUACAUCUUAUGAUUAUGAUGCACCACUGGAUGAAUAUGGUAAUCUACGCCAGCCCAAAUGGGGCCAUCUUAGGGACCUUCAUCUGACAUUAAUGUCAAUGGAAGAAGCUCUCACCUAUGGUGAGAGAACAUCUGUGGAUUACCAGAAUAAUAAAUAUGUCACCAUUUAUGCUUAUCAAGGAAAGAGAAGUUGCUUCUUCUCUAACACAGAUGAGAAGAAUGAUCAGAUAUUAACAUUUGAAGGGAAAAACUACUCGAUUCCUGCAUGGUCUGUUAGUAUCCUUCCUGACUGCUACACAGAAGUUUACAACACUGCCAAGGUUAAUGCUCAAACUAGUAUCAUGGAGAAGAGGCCAAAUGGAGCAGAUGAUUCUGAGGAGCCUUAUGCUUUGUCAUGGCAAUGGAAAGAGGAGAAAAUCCCUCACCUUGAUAAUGAAGGCCAACUUCAGAGUAGUUCUUCAUUGGUUUCCAACGUUCUCAUGGAUCAAAAAAGGGCUGCUAAUGGUUCCAAUGAUUACUUGUGGCUUUUGACCAACUAUGUGCAUAAUGCUAGUGAUUCUCAAUGGGGAAAUGACAAGGAUAUAAUUCUCCAUGUUCACACUAAUGGGCAUGUUGUUCAUGCUUUUGUUAAUGGAAAAUACUAUGGUUCACAAUGGGCACAAACUGGUCAUUAUGAAUUUGUUUUUGAGAAAAGCAUUGAUUUGAAAGAUGGGAAUAAUUCAAUCUCCUUAGCCAGUGUAACUGUUGGAUUACCUAACUAUGGUGAGAAUUUUGACACAGCAAGAGUUGGAAUUCAUGGUCCUGUAAAAUUGAUUGCAAGAAGUAAAACUGGGGAACCAGAUGUGGUUAACGAUAUUUCAUCAACCAGAUGGGUUUACAAGACUGGAUUAAUUGGUGAAGAUCAAGGAAUUUACCAAGUUGAUCCUCGUCAUAUUUUUCAAUGGGAAACUUAUCAGCUUCCAAAUAAUCGGCCUUUCGUUUGGUACAAGACAACCUUUAAGGGUCCAAUGGGAUCAGAUCCUGUAGUGGUGGACUUGCUUGGGUUGGGGAAGGGAGCUGCUUGGAUUAAUGGGCGUAGCAUUGGGAGGUAUUGGCCUAAGUAUGUAUCCCCAGAAGAAGGAUGUGAUGUAACUUGUGACUAUAGAGCAUCAUAUAGGCCAGAGAAAUGCAACACUGGGUGUGGGAAACCUUCACAAAGAUACUACCAUGUCCCUAGAGACUGGCUAAAUGCAGAUAAUAAUCAGCUGAUUUUGUUUGAAGAAUUAGGAGGCACCCCAUCUCUUGUUAGCUUCCAAACUGUCACUGUUGGUAAAGUUUGUGCAAAUGCUUAUGAAGGUCAUAGUUUGGAGUUAGCUUGCCAACCAGGAAGCAAAUUUUCUAACAUCAAAUUUGCUAGCUUUGGUUUACCUGAGGGUAGCUGUGGGUAUUUCAGCAAUAGCACAUGCCACUCUGAGAAAGCUUUAUCAGUUGUUGAACAGGCUUGUCUUGGAAAUGAAAAGUGUGUUCUUCAUGUCACUGAAGAUGCUUUUGGACCUUUACGUUGCAAAGCUGAUAGUUACAGGCUUGCUGUUGAAGCUGUUUGUUAGGUUUUCUAUUAUCAUGAACUCUUUAAUUUGUUAGCUUAGAUUUAAUAUUUCAUUUAAUUCAUAAAUUCUUUUUAAUUUAUUAGUCUCUUUUGGGGUAGGAAUAUAUUUGUACUUAGACUUGAGUUAAUAUUAAAGUCUUAAUGGUUUUU